UUAUAUGUAAAAAACAAAACUUGUGGGUUGUCACUUUUUUUUUAUUUUCUCUCUAAUUUUCCUAAGCCAAUGUUCCCCUUGCUUCCAAAUACAAACAAAAAGCAAGCCAGCUUUGAAACCUGUGUUCAAAACAAACACAUCAUGGACCAGAACAUCACAGUUCCAAGAAUUCAUGCAUUCUCAUCACCACCUUCUCCUCCCUUGUCUUCCUGCAUCAUUGCCCUUUCCAUAGCCACACUGAUUUUCAUGUUCUUCUACGUUUUCUCACCCAUUUUUUCAGCAGCCAUUCUUUUAGCCCUUUGCAUCAUCGCCCUCCUCUUUUGCACCUUCACGCAGGAUCAAACAUUCGCCUUUCACGCACACACUACUCCACCCAAAAACCAGAGGCUGGUCAAAAUUUUCAAUAACCUUUUCUGGGUCGUUGAAGAGAAAAGAAGUGGCAAAACGCAACAAGUAAUGAAGCUGCUUGGAUCUAUCGUAUGCUUCCAAAACCAACCAUUUCUGUCAGGGAGUGAAUGUGCAAUUUGCUUAGAAGAGUUGAAGAAUGGAGAAGAGUGUGUUGUGUUUUCAGUUUGUGGACACAUCUUUCAUUUUGAUUGUAUCAAACACUGGUUAGAGGAAAAACCGACUUGUCCAAAUUGUCGUCACUGUGUGGCAUCAUCAGCCACCAUGAUGAAAACAACAAGCAUGGAGUUCUUGGAGAAUUUAGUUGAGUGAUUGGC